AUGAACUACGGUCAGCUGCUGUGGGAUUGCUGGGCUUAUGGCUCGUCCUACCUGCCAUUGUGCGGUUUAACAAACUGGGCCGCUGCUUUUCUGCCCUCGCUUGGCGGCGGCGAAAUUAUACCCGUGGGCACCCGGAAAUUUCGUGUCAUUCAAAAGCUCGGCGAGGGCGGUUACGCGGUUGUCUACCUGGUCUCGGAGCUGGCUACAGCGGAGCAUCCGCAUCCAGAUCCGGAGCCGCGGGCUCUUAAGCGGGUGUUCAUCCAUUCCGCCGAGCAGUUCGACGCCGUACAGCAGGAGAUGCUCGUCCACUCCGCUGUACAGCACCAUCCCAACAUCCUACCCCUGCUGGACUACUGCUGCUCCGGAGCGUUACGAACCUCCUCCCCCUCCGCCACCACCGCCGCCACCGCCGCCGGGGACAUGAUGAUUCGGGCGAUGCACCUGCCGACAUCGUCUUGUUCCUCAUCAGUGCAGGCGGUCAUUCGCCCACCCGCACCUCUCCCGCCGCCCCUUGCACCAGCAGCGGCGACGGCACCGCAGCCGCUGCAGUACCCCUCAGCCGCCGCCGCCGCUGCUGCUGCUGACGGUCCCGGCGGCAGUGACAGCAACACGGGAGCCAUGAUUCCGGUUUCCACAGGUGGUGAUGGUGGCGCCUACGGAAUGGUGUCGGAUGCUGGGGGAGGGCAAGGGGGUGGCGAUGAUGGCGGCGGGGGUGGUGGGGCCGACCAGAGGCGUGUGGCGUGUUUCUUGUUUCCCGUGUUCCGUGAGGGCACUCUGGCUUCGGAGCUGGAGCGACUGGGAGUGGGAGCUGGGGGAGGGGGAGGAGGAAGGGGGCAGCAGCAGCGACCGGGUAUGCUGCCGACGGCGGAGGUCCUGUCGCUGUUCGGGCAGCUGGCACGAGCUGUCGCGCACAUCCACGCGCAGGGCUACGCACACAGGGACAUCAAGCCCCUCAACGUCCUUAUUGCCACCACCACCACCACCACCACCAGCAGCUCGGGCCACCGGGCAUUGAAGCACCUCCACCGUGAGGGGGGUCCGGGGAGGCUCUUCCCCACACCGGGGCUGGGGGUGGGGGUGGAGGCGGAAGAUGUGGAGGCGGGGGUGGCGCUGGCUGGCAGCGGGGCCGGGGAGGCCUCGGCCGCAGACUGGGGACCGCGAUAUCGGUGUGUGCUAAUGGACUUCGGCAGUGCCCGGCCUCGGAGACUUGUAGUGAGCUCUCGGAGUGAGGCGCUGAGGGCGCAGGAGGACGCGGAGGCGCACUGCUCCGCCCCCUACCGCGCCCCGGAGCUCUUCGACGUGCCCUCCCCGGCCACCCUGGACCUAGCCGCCGCAGACGUCUGGUCGCUGGGGGCCUCGCUCUUCCACAUCAUGUACGGCGAGCCGCCCUUCCACCGUGCCAUGAACACGGCUGGAGGCAGCUUGGCUCUGGCCGUGAUAAAUUGCGCCAUUGGCUGGCCCCGGGGCCCCGCCCCCGCCUACCUCCCCGAGCUGCACCAACUGGUGCUAACGGCCAUGGCUCCGGAACCAUCCGCAAGACCAUCGGCGGCGCAGUUGGCGGAGAUGGCUGCGGCUCUAGCGCUGAGGGGCCUGUCGGACCCAGCGCACCAACAGCCAGUCGGCGCUACGGGGCCAAACAGGCCAUGA